GCGCAGGCGCGCGCUGCGGGCCUCUGUCUCUGCCCUCCCAGUAGCCCCGGCCCCUGUUCCCGGCUGCAGGCUCCGACGCGGAGGGGGACGGGUUCCUCUUAAAAGAGAAACGGCGGCUGUGCGCGCGAGGUCCUGGUGCCUAUGGCUUCCUCCCCGGUGGACGCAUCCCGCAGGCGGCAGGAGAAGCGACGGCAGCUGGACGCGCGCCGCAGCAAGUGCCGUAUCCGCCUAGGUGGCCACAUGGAGCAGUGGUGCCUUCUCAAGGAGCGGCUGGGUUUCUCCCUGCACUCGCAACUCGCUAAGUUCCUGUUGGACCGGUACACUUCUUCAGGCUGUGUGCUCUGUGCAGGUCCUGAGCCUUUGCCCCCCAAGGGUCUGCAGUAUCUGGUGCUCCUGUCUCAUGCCCACAGCCGAGAAUGCAGCCUGGUGCCUGGGCUUCGGGGGCCCGGGGGCCAAGAUGGGGGACUUGUGUGGGAGUGCUCUGCGGGCCACACCUUCUCCUGGGGCCCCUCGUCAGGACCCAUAUCUCCAGAGGAGCCCAAGCCAGUUUUCCGGCCAAGUACUGCCCCAAGAAGCUGGUGCCCAGAGGCCAGGAGUGGGCAAGCACCUGCAGGUUUGGAAUCUGAGCAUGAUGAGAGGACUCAGGAGGCCAGGUCACCCAGCAGGGAAGUAGGACCCCUCCUGGAGACCUUCCCGCCCCCAGGAGAAGAGGGGGAGGAGGAAGACGAGGACGAAGAGGAGAUGCUCAGUGAGGCCAGCCCAUGGACCUACAGCUCCUCCCCAGAUGACAGUGAUCCAGAUGCCCCCAGACUCCUUCCUUCCCCUGUCACCCAUACACUUAAGGAGGGGGAGACACCCCCAGCCCCAGCAGCUCUCCUCAAUCCUCUUGCUGUACCAUCCUCAUCAACAUCAUCAUUGAGUUCUGGAGCUCUUCCUACCGAAGUUGGGGUACAGCCAGAACUCAGAGGGACCCCUCAAGCAGCCCAGCAGACUGAGCCUCUGGCCAGCCCUGGGAUUCAGGCCCAGUCUGCCCUGACCUUGGCCUGGGAGGAGGACACGGCACAGAUUGGCCCCAAGAGAAUUAGGAAAGCUGCCAAAAGAGAGCUGCUGCCUUGUGACUUCCCUGGCUGCGGACGGAUCUUCUCCAACCGACAGUAUUUGAAUCACCACAAGAAGUACCAGCACAUCCACCAAAAGUCCUUUUCCUGCCCAGAACCAGCCUGUGGGAAGUCCUUCAACUUUAAGAAACACCUGAAGGAGCAUGUGAAGUUGCACAGUGACACCCGGGACUACAUCUGUGAGUUCUGUGCCCGGUCUUUCCGCACCAGCAGCAACCUCGUCAUCCACCGACGCAUCCACACUGGAGAGAAGCCCCUGCAGUGUGAGAUCUGUGGGUUCACCUGCCGCCAGAAGGCCUCCCUGAACUGGCACCGGCGCAAGCAUGCAGAGACAGCUGCUACUCUGCGCUUCCCCUGUGAGUUUUGUGGCAAGCGUUUUGAGAAGCCAGACAGCGUUGCAGCUCACUGCAGCAAAAGCCAUCCAGCCCUGCUCCCAGCUCCACAGGAGUCACCCGGCCCUUUGGAACCCUGCCCCAGUAUCUCUGCCUCUGUGACCCUGAGGUCUGAUGAUGAGUCCAGGCCCUCUCUGGUUCCUGAAGCUCUGACCACACUCCAUCAACAGUGAGCAUUCCUGGGCUCUGAGAAGCCAGACCCUAGGGACUGAAGGGGAGCAAGGAAGAGAAGGGCCAGAUGCCUAGUCCCCAGAAACUAAGGUGACAGGGAGUGUAGGGUGGGGGGCAAAAAAAAAAACCAAGACAGGCUACUUUAGCCUUCUUAAACAACAGAAUAAACUCAGUAUUUUACA